UUGCAGAUGUAAUUACACCUUCUCCUCAAUUAUUUUAAGAGGAGAGUGUUGGUGAGUGUUGGUCCGGCCGAGGCCUGAACCACGACCACCCGCACAACAGACCGACGCACUUACCAACUGAGCUAAUAAUAGAACCCUUUCAAAAUUACCCUCAGUGGAUGCGAGACUAAUCCCAUCGAGAUAAGGAGUGAUUUCUUUUGUAUUUUUCAGGUUAGCCUUACCUCCAAGAUAACGUUAAAAGGAGUUGAAGUUAAGAUAUUUUAUUUGAAUAACAAUAAAUGUCACUUGUCUCCUAUCAUUUAGGGAUGUCUGAAUCAAGCAAACAUUUUGUUGCAACAAAAGAAUUGGUUCCAAAAACGUGUAUGGUAUGCGGAUGUCAUUGGUGCCAAUGAAUGCUUGUGUUUGGCCAGUGAGCUAAUCUAUGGAAAGUAGUGAACAUAAGCUGAAAAGCAAAUUAUUUAAUGACAAGAAACUUGUUCACUGUCCAUAAGUAAAUACCUUGUCUAACAAUCACCGUCCCUUCUUCACAAGCUUCAUAGUUAGCGAUCUUUGCGAGUCCUUGUCGAACACUAUGUGGGUAGGUGGCAAAUAGUUUGAGGUUAUCGAUGAUAGCAGCGAACACCUUUAGAUGUGUGGCAGUUCUCUUGAGGCGUGGCAUCAUAAGGUGCUGUCUGGUGGUCUUCGUUAGGACGAAAUUUGGACGCACGUGUGACUUGAAUGCUGGAGAACACCAAAAACAGUGUUAAAACAAGCUUAAAGUACACGGAUGGCCAAUCACAGCUAACCAAUAUAUGACGUCAUGGAUUUAGACAUCGAAGACGAAGACAGUCAUUCAGGCACAGAGGAUAUAGGGUUUGGCAAUGCUGGUUCCCGAAAGAGAAGUUCAGUUGAUCAUUAUUUGUUGUCAUCUUAUCGUAUUUUGAAAGAAAAGAAAGAAACUGAGGAUAAAACAGAGCAGCAUGAUGAGAAUAAACCACCCUCUGAAGAAAGCAAAAUGCGUUCUGCUGUCAGGAGGAAUUUUAAGAAAGUUGCUAAGGCUAUUACUAAACAAAGAAAGCUCAGUUCAUUACUGGAGGACAUCGCUCAUCAAGGUGAUGAUCACACUAAAGCAAAAGGAUUCGUAGCUCAAACUGGAACAGAACAAGGUCAGGAUAGGGCAAGUUUCAACGUUAAUGCAUUCAAAGCGCACAUCCAAUCUUGUGGAGCUAUUCCUCCGGACGUCAAAGCUAUCUUGGUGAAGCAAUCAUGGAAUAGAAGCAAAGAAGAAGUAGAAAAAGUUCUUCGAAUUGUGAAGAGGAUGAAAGGUUUCAAUAGAUAUCCCCUGUAUGUUAAGCGAGAACUGGCUAGGGUUGUUUAUCAUGGCAAGUAUCAGUCUGGAAGGUGUAUCAUUAGACAAGGUCAUGUUGGAAUUUCAUUUUAUUUCAUCGUGUCGGGAACAGUAACCGUGGAAAGGAUCGAGGAGGAUAGGGUUACGGGCGAAAAACAUAUACAGAUUGUUGGUGAGAUGAGUGAGGGAGAUUCUUUUGGUGAGUUGGCUCUCCUUCACGACAUCCGCAGAGCAGCGACUAUCAUCUGCAAGACUUCCUGCGAAUUCUUGAUUGUUGACAAAGAUGAUUUCAAUGAGGUGCUUCGAAUGAGUCAUCAAAUCGAGUACGAAAAAAAGAUGUCCGUUCUUUCGACGCAUCCUGCCUUCGCUACGUGGACAAACGUCGAGAAAAAACAGACUGUUCCUCACACCAAGAUACGUGUCUUUCAACACGACAUGAUCAUCCUUGGUGGUAAACAAGCAUCGUCAGAUUUUGCUUAUUUCAUCAUCAGUGGAAAAUGCAAUGUGGUCAGGGAAAUUAUGGUCGUCAAAAAACUCUUCAAUUCUGGUAAAGCGCGAUAUUCCCUCCCAUCUAUAAAUGACACCAAACAUGGCAUCUUAAGUGUACAAGAUUAUGCCAACAAGAAAAUAGAAAGGAAGUUGUUGAUCAUCCGUACACUUAACGAGGGGGACUUCUUUGGUGUUGGCGAGGACUUGGACAAAACCUACAUCAUAACUGCAGAAAGGGUUAGUUGUGUCCUAAUCAACCACUUAGCUUUGCUGAAGAGAGACAGAGGAAAAUAUAUGGAAGAAAUGAGACAGAGGCUCAUGAAGUCUUUCCCAACACAACAAGAAGCAUUCAAGGGUUUCUUAGAUGACUAUAACUGGAAACAGUACAAAACAAAGUGCAUAAAAGAUGUAGUUAAAAAACUCCACAAACCCAAUUGUACAACAUGUGAUGACGUACCACUGGUUGUAAGAAGAGAUAAUGCUUAUUAUUUUGAAUGAUUUCUAUGAUUGUACAUAUGAUGAC